AUGAAUAUUCCACCAUCUAUGCCACCAUAUUUUCAAUGGAUUGUUGAUAAACGUUUAGCUAUAUGUGCUCAUCCAUUUCAUGCAUCACAUAUUCGAUAUAUAUUAGAACAACGUAUUCAAACAGUUAUUUCUAUUAAUGAUUCAUAUAAUUCAGGAUUACCUAAUCAUACUCGUGGUGAAUUACAGGUUCAAAAUUUAUAUAUUCCUGAUGGUAGUGCACCAAAUAUGCAACAAUGCCAACAAUUUGUUCAACGUAUGGCAAUUGCUCGUCAACGUGGAGAGGGUGUUGUAGUUGAAUGUACUCGUGGUAAAGGAGCAUCAGGUGUAUUAGUUGGUUGUUAUCUUAUGGCUCUUUGGCAAGUUCAACCUGAUUAUAUAGUAAAUCAUUUACGUCUUAUCCGACCAAUUACAAUCGAAACAACAGCACAAGAACAACAAUUAAUUGAAUUUCAUAAAUUACUUGAACCAUCACAACGUCAUUUUUAUGCUGAAGUUGAUCAACCACAUAGCUGGGAUAUUGAUACAAGUUAUUUACAAACAACACCACUUGCAACUACAAAUCAAUUAUCACUUGCUUAA